UUCGAAGCAAUCUCGUACACCUGGGGCAGCGCCGCCCAGCCCAGCUUCAUCGUCGUGCACGGAAACGACAACAAGCGCUACCGCAUCCCCGUCACGCAAAACGCCUUCAGCGUCCUCCAGAACCGGAGCAGCACGCGCGCUCGCCUGGUCUGGAUCGACUCCAUCUGCAUCAACCAGCACGACGCCGCGGAAAAGACGCACCAGGUCAGCCUCAUGCGGCACAUCUACCAGCGGGCGACGCGCGUCGUCGUCUGGCUGGGCGGCAGCACCAUCGAAGGCGCCGGCGAGGAGGCCCGCAACGCUAAGAGCAUGCUCUACGAGGUCGCCUUCCUGGCGUGGUUCUACCAGCCGCGCGUCCUGGCAGACCGGCUGCACGCGCGGUACGCGCACCACUGGGUCGCCGAGCCGCUGCGGUCGCGGUGGCGGGCGCUGAUCGCCCUGUUCGCGAACCCCUACUGGAACAGGCUGUGGGUCGUGCAGGAGAUUGCGCUCGCG